GGGAUAGGGUGUUCCAGAGUACACCGAGGGAACUGGGAUAUUUUUCCAGUGCAGGCUGGUCUACCACUUCGAGAGGACCCGGGCUUCCGCCCUCGUCACUCCCAACAACAGACGGUGAGGGGAGCGGAUGGAGUAACACAGAUCAUUUGAAAGUAUGUUUUGGCACAGCGGAGAUUAAAGCAAUGUGAGGAAGUGAAGCUAAAUAUUUCCGUUUGCCUGAUGUUUUUGACUGACUUGAGAAUUCGAUUUGAGGCCGAGCGAAUUGGAAGGCUGGGUAAAAGGAGGUUUGUUUGUUUGGCUCUUUUCCUUUCUGCUCUGAAGUUUAACCAUGGGGCAACGAGUUGCUGUUGGACUCAAGACUGUGGAUGUGAGAGAUCCUUACAGGCCCCUUCGACAUGAGCAGCAGGGGCUCGACUAUUGUAAGCCAGCUCGGCUGGACAUGCUACUGGACAUGCCGCCCGUUUCCUGCGAGGUCCAGUUAUCGAACUCGUGGAACAAUGACGACCGAUCACUGAAUGUAUUUGUUAAAGAAGACGACAAGUUAAUAUUUCAUCGGCAUCCAGUGGCGCAGAGCACCGAUGGCAUACGAGGCAAGGUCGGAUACACCAGAGGACUACACGUGUGGGAAAUUACUUGGACAAUGAGACAGCGAGGGACACAUGCAGUGGUUGGCGUUGCUACAGGAGAUUCUCCUUUGCACUCUGUCGGUUACACGGCACUUGUUGGAAGUAAUUGUGAAUCCUGGGGCUGGGACCUUGGUCGUAACAAACUCUACUAUGAUGGGAAAAAUCAGCCAAGCCAGACCUAUCCAGCUUACCUGGAGCCCCAUGAGACUUUUAUUGUGCCUGAUGCAUUCCUAGUUGUUUUGGACAUGGACGAAGGAACUCUGAGUUAUAUGGUUGAUGGACACUAUCUGGGAAUAGCAUAUCGAGGACUUAAAGGGAAAAAGCUUUAUCCUAUUGUAAGUGCCGUCUGGGGUCACUGUGAAAUCCGACUGCGCUACAUUAAUGGACUUGAACCCGAACCACUGCCAUUGAUGGACCUCUGUCGGCGUUCAGUGCGAGUCGCUCUCAGCAAGGAUCGCUUGAAUGAAAUCCAGUCUCUACCACUACCAGCAUCCCUGAAGAGUUACCUUGCAUACCAAUGACAGCUGAAGAAAAGGACUGUAACCUCCAGACAUGGGCAGUUAACCCAUUUAUCUUCCAUCCAUUGUGUGGUGGGCAUUAUUUUAAAACUGGUCUUAUUUUCCCCAAAGCCCAGCAACUCUAACAUUUUCAUCCAGUCAUUUUUGGGGGUCCAGAGGUUUUUUUUUACAAGUUGGGAGAUUUUUUUUAAUCUGUGGAAACCUUUCCAUUAACUUUUGAAAUAGAAUCGGCCAAAUCCCCAAAGAUGCUGUUGUUUUACAGUUUUUGAUGGCAGCUUUCUUUUAAAAUGAUUAUAAUCUACAUUUCAGUUUGUCAGAAUAGAGAUUUGUUCUAGUUUUUCUGCAGUGUAUUGCUACUUCGCAAAAAAAAUAAUGCUGGGCAUAAAAUAUAUUCUUUUAAAAGCUGCUAUUGGAGUCUUUAAGGAGAAACAUUAGAGUAUUUGGUGUAGAGAAUGGGUGGGUGGCAGCAUUGGGUGUGGGGAAAUUUCCAUUGGAUGUUUGAGUGGAGGGAAAGUUUUUUUGAAGAUUUUAGUUGGGUUGAAUUCAGUCCAUUGAAAAGACCCGAUUUAGUCUAUCCAAAGGAAACUUGCCUCUAAUACUGAAUUCAUUACUCUCUCUUAUAAUAAAAAUCUUAACAUUAAAUUAUCCUAACCUAACUUUAUGAAGUUGGUCGGGUAUCAUUGUCGUGUCGUUUUGAGUUGACCCAUUGUUGCUGGAGUGCACAAAAUGUAUCCAAAUUGUGAAUAAAAGGAAUGCUGUUUCUGAAUGCCAAAAUCCUAAUUACAAAGACUUUACUAGCCGUGCUGGUAGAAAAUGUAUUCCUAAUACCUACACUUGCAAGUAACUACAUAUGUGAUUAGUUUUGGGGAGGGGGGGGGGGGGGGGAUAUAUCUGCCUGGUCUGAAGGUAACCCAGUGCCUCUUGGUUUUAAUGUGCAAUAUGUCGAUAAAAUGGUUGUUUUUAAAACUAUCAUUCAAUAAAACUUAAAUUCUAAAUU